ACUCAAUUGUUUCCUCCUUCACUACAACUCCUUUCCUUUGCUUCUUCUAUUCUAACUCCCUCCAAGACUCUCAUUUGUUGUUUCUUCUCCGUUUCCUUUACCUUACAAAUCAACGCACGUGACUGGGCCAUUCGUAAAUCCAAAGCAAUUCAAGUUUUCCUUCCGCAUCGCUGCGAAAGCAAGGUGAUUUAUUGGUUUAGAGCGAGUAUGAGCGAGAAGCGGAGGAAUGGAAGUGGCAGCUCGAGCUCAAGUUUGAACAGCAUCUCUCAUGAUACAGAGGACGACCAAACUAUUGCUAGGAUAUUGGCUGAGGAUGAAAAUCUCAAAGCGGAGAACAAGCUUGGAAAACGACUUUCCCAUUUAGAUUCCAUUCCGCACACUCCCCGUGUUAAUGGAGAAAUUCCUGAUGUAAAUGAUGCAACGCUAGACCAUGAGAGGCUGUCUGAAAGGUUAGUUACAUAUAGUUUGGCAGAAUUACAGAUGGAGGGUGACGGGAAUUGCCAGUUUCGAGCUUUAGCAGAUCAGUUGUUCCGCAAUCCUGAUUACCACAAGCACGUAAGGAGGCAGGCUAUCAAGCAGCUAAAACAUCACAAAAAAUUGUAUGAAGGUUAUGUACCGAUGGAGUACAAAAGCUACUUGAAGAAGAUGAAAAAAUCAGGGGAGUGGGGAGAUCAUGUUACGCUACAAGCAGCUGCAGACCGUUUUGAUGCAAAAAUUUGUUUAGUCACCUCUUUCAGAGACACUUGCUAUAUCGAGAUCCUUCCAACGGACAAAACUCCCACCAGAGAAUUAUGGCUAAGCUUUUGGAGUGAAGUGCAUUAUAACUCAUUGUAUGCAAGCGGAGAUGUUCCUUCUAGAGUACCAAGAAAAAGGUAUUGGCUCUUCUAGACUGAUGGCAGAUUAUGGAAUCAUGCGAAGAACUGACUUAAAAUAGGU